AUGCGACGAGAGUUGUUUCUUCGCAUUUUGAACAGUGUUACAACAUACGAUGAAUGGUUCAUCCAGAAACCCGAUGCCCUCGGUCGUAUGGGGUUCACUCCUAUACAGAAGAUGACUGCUGCAAUCCGUAUACUCGCAUAUGGAAUUUCAACUGAUCUUUAUGACAAGUAUAUAAAGAUUUCUGAGCGCAUUGCGAUCGAAAGCUUGAAGAGGUUUUGUGAUGCUAUAAUUGUUGUGUAUGCGGAGCAGUACCUACGCUCACCAAAUGUAGAUGACAUUGCAUGUCUACUUCGAGAAAGGGAAGAGAGAAGUUUUCCAAGUAUGCUUGGCUCUAUAGAUUGUAUGCAUUGGGAAUGGAAGAACUGCCCCACAGCAUGGCAUGGCACGCACACGAGAAGAAGCCAUAAACCUACCCUCAUAUUGGAGGCCGUUGCAUUGAAAAAUCUGUGGAUCUGGCAUGCUUUCUUUGGUAUGGCUGGUUCAUACAAUGACUUGAAUGUUCUCGAUCAUUUCCCAGUAUUCAAAAGUAUGAUCAAUGGUUCAAUGCCUCCAAUUAAUUACGUGGUGAAUGGGCAUCGGCGUACAAUGGGGUAUUACCUAUCUAAUGGUAUAUAUCCUAAGUGGGCAACUUUGAUGCAGACCAUCCCGCACCCAACAACAGUCAAAGAAAAAUUAUUUGCUAACAAACAAGAAGCUGUUAGGAAGGAUGUAGAACGGGCGUUCGGCGUGUUGCAGAUGAGGUGGGCUAUAACGCAUCAACUGGUACUUUAUUGGAAUACAGAAGAUCUAAACAAGAUAAUGAGAACGUGCAUCAUAUUACACAAUAUGAUCAUUGAAGACGAGGGCGAACACAUUUUGCAAUGGACACCUCCAACAGAUGACCCAAUCUCCCUUCCAUAUUACGUUCGAAACCCAUCAAUGUUGGCGGCACACAUUUCCUCUCGCCUAAGUAGGAUUCGCAAUAGAUCAGACAAUGCCGAUCUUAGGAGAGAUCUUAUGGAACAUUUGUGGAAUCAAUUUGAUGUUUUUCGUCCAAGAGGUCGUAUAAUGCCAUGCGAACUUUCAACACUAAUUGCAGGUGAAUCAUCGUCGCCAAGGUUUACUGAACCUGGUGUUGACGGAGUAGAUGGAUUGGUUUGGACUGUUGACGAAAAUUACGUUGGGUUUCAAAUGGUUGGGAUUGAGAAGGUUGGGAUUGAGAUGGUUGGAACUGAGAUGAUUGGGAUUGAGAUGGUUGGUAUUGAUAAGGUUGUAAUUGGUAAUGAGGUUGGAAUUGGGGAUGUGGUACGGGUGGGUACUGAGUAG